AUGCGAGAUGUUCUCGAGGGCCAUGUACCAGCCCCGCCAACCACAAACGUCCAACAGCCAUCCGUCCUGCUCUCCCCGUCUUCCGACGACGAUGAUAAGAAGGCCCCCUACGACGUGACCACCGCUCCGGUGUCCGACAUCCCCCCUCUGGGGGUGGCGAGCGAGGAGAAGCGGUUCUGGUGGCAGCGCACGCGGGGCUUUGACGGAGAGGCCGUGGCGACGCUGCCAUCCGUGUACGACGACCCGGACACGGCCAAGCGAUACCAGCCACGCAGUGACUGGGAGAACUUGCACCGUUUCGACCCGCUGGCCCGCUGGUCUUGGAACGAGGAGAACCGCCUCAUUCGCAAGAUUGACCUGCGCAUCAUGGUGUUCGCGUGCAUCAUGUUCAUGUCUCUCGAGCUUGACCGCGCAAACCUGUCGCAGGCCGUUACGGAUAACUUUCUGGGCGACCUUGGGCUGACUACGAAUGACUACAACCUCGGGAACACAGUCUUCAAGCUUGCGUUCCUCUGCGCGGAGCUCCCAUCCCAGCUUGUCAGCAAGUGGGUGGGUCCCGACCGCUGGAUCCCAGCCCAGAUCAUGCUCUGGAGCUUCGUCUCGCUUAGCCAGUUCUGGUUGAGCGGGAGGCAGUCGUUUCUUGUCUGCCGCGCGCUUUUGGCCAUCUUCCAGGGCGGUUUCAUCCCAGAUAUCAUUCUAUACCUGUCGUACUUCUACAAACACCAUGAACUUACUCUGAGGCUGGGCUUCUUCUGGACUGCCAUGUCCCUUGCCGACAUUGCAGCCAGCCUCCUAGCUGCUGGUAUCCUUCAUCUGAGGGGUCACAAUGGCCACGCUGGGUGGAGGUGGUUGUUCCUGAUAGAAGGACUGCUCACCUUUGUUGUUGGGGGUUUGGCUUUCGGUCUAAUGCCAGCGUCCCCGACACAGACAGCAAAUUGGUUCAGGGGGAAGAAAGGAUGGUUCAGUGCUAGGGAGGAGACCAUCAUGAUCAACCGGGUUAUCCGUGACGACCCCAGCAAGGGUGACAUGCAUAACCGGCAGCCCAUCACUCCGAAGCUGCUCUGGCAGAGUCUCAAAGAUUACGACCUCUGGCCGCUGUACGCCAUCGGGCUUACCUUCCAGAUUCCGAUGACGCCCCCUGCCCAGUACCUGACGCUGACACUGCGCGGCAUCGGCUUCGACACGUUCCACACCAACCUCCUCGUCAUCCCCAGCACUGUCCUGCACAUGUGCACCCUGAUGGCGCUGACGUACGCCGCCGAGAUUGUGGGCGAGCUGACGUUCGUUUCCAUGAUAGCCCAGAUCUGGGCGCUCCCGUUUGUCGUCUACAUCUACGCCAACGACAUCACCAAGAUCAACCCGUGGGUCGCGUGGGGGGUCCUGACGGUGCUGCUCUCUUAUCCUCUGCCCCACGCCAUCCAAGUGGCCUGGAACUCCCGCAACUCCAACACGGUCCGCUCGCGCACCGUCUCGGCAGCCGUGUACAACAUGAUGUGCCAGGCCUCGGGCAUCAUCGCGUCCAACAUCUACCGGGCCGACGACGCGCCGCGCUACCGCCGGGGCAACCGAGCCCUGGUCGGGGCCGUGUGCAUGAACUUUGGCAUCUACUUCCUCACCAAGGCGUACUACGUCUCGCGCAACCGGAGCAGGGACCGUAAGUGGGCGGCCAUGACGGACGACGAGAAGAGGACCUACCUAGAGACGACGACGGACCAGGGAAACAAGAGGUUGGACUUUAGGUUUGCGCAUUAG